AUGGUGGCCAUCCGUCGAAUGAACUUUGAUGAUUUACAUAUUGUAACAGAAAUCGAAAGACUUUUAUGGCCUAAUUAUCCGUGGACAGCCGAUGACUUUAUCAAUUCAGGCUGCAACUGCUAUGUAUUGUUGGAAGAUGGAUUUAUUGUCGGCUAUUCGGUAUUCUAUGUUAAUAAUAAGGUGUCAUUCAUCGCCAAUAUUAGUAUUCGACCCGAUAAACAGCGACAAGGUUUCGGACGAUUAAUGCUCAGUUAUUUGGUAAAUAAAGCACGUAAAUCACGUUCAAAUAAAAUCGAAUUAGAAGUGGAUGUGGCGAAUAACAGAGCAAUACGUCUAUAUGAAUCAUUCGGUUUUCAAAUUAUGAAUAAUCAUCAUCAGUAUUAUGCAAGAACACAAGGCGAUUCAUUUAAAAUGCAACUUCGGCUUUAA